GGCCGGGGCGGCGGCGGCCCGAGGAGCCGCGGCGGCCGCCGGCAGUGAAUGGGCGCCGCGGCGGGGCGGAGGAGCCGGAGCCGCCGCGAUGGCUCAGGAGAAGAUGGAGCUGGACCUGGAGCUGCCGCCGGGGAGCGCCGCGGCCCCGGGCGACGGCGGCGGCCUGAGGCGGUCGAACAGCGCCCCGCUCAUCCACGGGCUCAGUGACAACUCCCAGGUGUUUCAGCCUUACGUGUUGCGGACUCGCAGGAACAGCACAACAGUUAUGAGCCGUCAUGGAAUGUUUUUGUCAUCAUCUCCUAUUCGUAUUCCUAGCAGCCGACUUCAUCAGAUCAGAAGGGAGGAAGGAGUGGAUUUAAUGAACAGAGAAGCAGCACAUGAAAGGGAAGUGCAGACAGCAAUGCAGAUAAGCCAGUCAUGGGAGGAAAGCUUGAGCCUGAGCGACAAUGACUUGGACAAGUCUGAGAAAUCUUUUUCCCCAAAGAGAAUAGACUUCAUUCCAGUUUCGCCUGCACCUUCACCUACAAGAGGAAUAGGAAAGCAAUGUUUUUCACCAUCGUUGCAAAUGUUUGUGAGCAGUAAUGGAUUACCUCCAAGCCCUAUUCCCAGUCCAACAAGGCGAUUCUGCAACAGGAGGAGUCAAAGUCCAAUCAACUGUAUCAGGCCCAGUGUUCUUGGCCCCAUUAAAAGAAAAGGUGAAAUGGAAACUGAAAGUCAGCCAAAGAGACUUUUCCAAGGAACAACCAACAUGCUUUCUCCAGAUGUUACACAUCUGACAGAUCUCAGUUCAUGCCUGUCCUCGGAUAUUCUCGACGGGAGCAGCAGCAGUGUUGGCUCUUCCUCUGAUUCCCUGACUAAAGGCAGCAUCACCACGGAGUCUCCAGUGACGUGCUCCAACUCCUGCUCCUCGUUCAUUCUGAUGGAUGACUUCUCACCCAAGUGACUUUACCAAGUCCUGAGUCAGUGUCUGGCUGUGCUGUCCCCUUCCUGUACACUCGUACAGAGAAAUGAACUCUGAUCCUUGAACCAUUCAUAUGAGGUUUAUUAAAAGGAAAAAUUGUUGUUACUGUAAUCCUUGGCUACUUUCCAGUGAUUUUUUUUUUUAAAUUUAUCCAUUUAAUGGACAUUGUAGACCAUAUUAAUGUCUGGUUUUGCAAAUUUAUUUUUUAAACAAGAUGUCUGCUGAUAUUAUACUAACUUUUGCUUUCAGGAACUUGCGUACACUUUUUGAUUCCAGGAAUAGGUAUUUACCUAUUAGUGUUGCAAUUAUUAGGAAUGUACUUCUAUCAUUAUGGUCGCUAUGUCUAGGGAAAUAACUUGGUUUGGAAGGAUUUGAAAAUACUAAUUUAUUCUCUGGCACUUCUACUAUUGAGUAAAAUUACUCUUGCUUUUUUUUUUUUUUUUUUUUUUUAGUCACUAGCCUCAAAUUCCUUUAUGGAAGGGAGAAAAAAUAUUUUAUUUCCUUAGUGCUGCUAGUCAUUUUUAUGAAUUCAUUUACAGAAGACCACAUUGAGUGUGGAAAUCUCACUCUAUUACAUUAAACUAAAAACCCCACAGCAGAAUAACUAAUGUCUGUCACUUUUGCCAUCAGUGAAGAAAUAAUAAUACUCUGCAAGCAAUUAAAUUAGCUGCAUAGUUCUCUUCCCAGAACAUUUGUCCUACAGAUUGUAUGAAAUAAGGUCAUUAUUCAGCAAGAUUUGGCCAGGAAAAAUUAAACCACACCUCGAUUGAAGACAUACAGUGCAGAUAACUAAGUUAAUUAAACUACUGUGUAGGAGAACCAUGUAUGGCACCAUCGAUGUCUCCUGUGGCAUUGAGGUCAUAAGUAUUUUUGUGCCUUAGGGGACAUUGUUACAAAAUUAUGGAAUGUAAACCAGAGGGGUGGGUGGGGAAAGUCCUUUGUGUACAGCUUGUUUAUAGAGUGCUUACCCAAGUCUGUCAGGGGUGCUGCUUCCCUUUGUGUUCCUUUCCGAGGUGUGGAGGUGCUGGGGGCAGCCAAGGUGAGACCCUUUGCAGCUGCUCGGGGCGGAGUUUGUCCCUUUCUUGGUCAUGAGCAGAGCAAACAGCUCAGCAAACAUUGGAUUCCUGAGGAAAGGCUUUGGAUUGGAUACAAGCUCUGCAAAUUGCUUGGUGAAGGAGUUCUCUUUGAGCUAUGAGUAGUCUUGAUACAGUACCUUGGUCAGUCUGAGGUAGGAACAGAUAUUUUACUUUUUAAAGACUAUAACGGGGCAAAAGAAAUCCGUUUGUAAUCUACUGUGUUAUGCUAUUUAUUAUUUAUAACUCUGUAAAAAGUCUGUGGUGAUGAAUUAUAGUAUUUUUUUAUGAUUGAAUAAGUUUUUUAUGUUCAGUAAUUGCUGGCUGGUUUGUAUUUAAUACGCAACGUUGUCUGCCAGAAUCAUAAGCUUCCAUUUUUGAAUGUUUGUACCAUAAAUGCUUUUGUUACCUAAAAGUACAACUUGUGAUCUUUCUGAAAGAAAAUAGCACUGAAUUUAAAGUAAGAUUAUGUGCUUUAGAUGUGAGCACAAUCUCUGGCAAUACUGUCUGGCUAAAAGGGCGGGGGAGAACCAUAGUUUUUUCUGUUCUGAAGAAGCCGUUGGGUAUCCAGAAGACAUGUACAUACCAGAUUAUUUUUAAAAGUGUUUCCAUUAAAUUGUAAGAAGUACCAGAAUGGGCCAACAGUGGCACUAUUAUUUGUAUGAUCAUUUCCACCUGUGGAACAUUAGUUCCCCACUUCAAAUAAAUGUGCAUAUUGUAAAAUAUUGUCCAUCGGUGCCAUUUUUAAAUGAGCUCUACAGUAUUGAAUGUUAAUUUUGUUUGUAUAUGCGCAGUGCUAUUUCUUGAAUUUUUGAUGUCUUAAGUCAUUUAAUUAUUUUUUUAAUUUAUGCCUGUAUCUUCUCUGCCUUCUUGAUGCUUAAAGAAGGCUGCUUUUCCAUUUGCAAAAUAGUGAUAAACAGUCUGUGAUAAAAUCCAACCCCGUUACCUCUGCCCCUCUUCCCUUCUACCGUGCUUUUACUGGUACUGUGAUUUGGAAAUCUGAACGAGGGGUGGCAGGAGGGGGAAACCUAUUGCAUGCUUUCUUAAACCUGAGAAGAGCAUAGCUAUUGCUUAAUUUUGGCUGAUUUACCUGUACAAUUGAUGUAUUCCAGAUUUGUUUGUUAGUGGAGAGUCCCAUCUGAGUGCUGGCCUCUGUAAACAUUCGAAUGUAAGCUGCAUAAAGCGAGCGCACAAAUAGUCACUCUUGUUACAGCAGCUUUUUGUAGUGUUCUGGCUAUUCCCCACUCUUGGAAGGCCUUGUAAAAGACAUUGCUCUUUUAUAAAAUAUAUCCGUAAUGCACACACGCUGUGUCUGUUGUUUCAGAAUGAAUGGAUGUCGCUGUGUUAACAGGCCCGAGGCAGGCCCAGCUUCUCUUUCAUGAUCCUAACACAACUUGUUCAUUUUGAAACAAAGUUUUCUAAUGUGCUGAUUACUGAUACUUGCAGUUCUCUGCGUUUGAGUUGCCACUGCUUAGAGGGUUCAUUGAUACUGUAGCAUACUCUAAAACUGACUUUUAAAAGUUGCAUUUCUGGUUUUGUUACCUGUCCUGUCCGAGGGAAUUGGACACCAGUUGGGAAAGAAGGCCAGCUGGUGCUGGUAAUCAGCUUUAAUGUAUAACUAUUGACAUUUAACAACUGUUUUUUAUGACUUCACCAGACUUACUGCUGCUGAAUUGCCAUGAUGAGUGUCUGAGAAUUCCUGUCUUACCCCCACUUCCUUCUUUUUAUAAGGGAUCAUUAGUGCAUAUCUUUUGCUGAGAAUCACAGUGAUGAGUUACCUUUAAUGUUGUAAUAGUUGAGAACUAAGUUAAAAUACCUGUGUAAUUCAAGCAGCAUUUUAGAUGGACUAUUUUUAAUAUGUUAAUUAGCACAGCAUUACAGCAAUGGUCUUUGUACAGCUCAUUGACCAGCACUGCCUUUAGAUCAUAUCCAGAGCACGCUGAAUCCUCAUUUCAUGGGCUUAAAAUGCUGGAAGGAUUUUACCAAUGGUUUAGAAAAAUGUGUGUGUCAGCUGUGGAACACUGUGUGUUUUGAUAAUAUCAAGUGUUCUGCAUCAGGAAAUAGAUCACAGUGUGCAUGUUUCAUUCUCCUUCAUUGAAUUUCAAAUUGGGGGAUCAUGGGCCCAAGAGCCAGUAUUUAAGGGGCUGUUUUUCUGACUGUAUGUGAUGAAAUACUUUCUCCUACAAUGGAAGUAAUUAAACUGUCAGUGGGUGAGGAUGUAAA